AUGCUCUUUUUUAACUUUUCUUUACAGAGUCUACUAGCUGGUACAAAGGCAACUGUUAACUGUAAGUGUUAAUAUGUUUUUGGUGUGGUAGACCAUUUGAUUGGAAUCCAAGCCAAAACUUGAAAAGUCUUUCUCGUAUCCCUAUUCUAUUUUAGGAAGAGAUUAUUAGUAUCAAAGUUUUAUGAUCAUUUUUGAAUGAAAUAAUCUUGCAGUCUCAUUUUCUUAACUUAUACCCACGUUAAGAUGAUCUCCUUAAAUGAUUUACAGGAGUCUGGUCCUUAAACAAAUUAUAAAGCCCCUUAAUGUUUCCGUGAAAUUCGUUUCGUUUCAUCACGAACGGUACAGAAAACUUUUAUUAAUUGAAGAGAUCUUUUAUUUUGUUGAAAGCCAGUUCCAAUAUACAAGUUUUUGAUACCCUUUUACACGAUUAUACUUUACGAUGGGUACUUUACGACAUGACUAGCUACUCGCAGUUGGGUUAGUAUUUCAUGAUUUGGGUACGGCAAUGUACCUACAUAGGGAGGGUACAAAUCCCGUUAAAGGGUGAGUUUUAAAAUACUUUCAGGCUUAAACAAACACACAACUGUUUCAGAUGCGUGUGCAUAACUGCAAGCCAGGGCCUUUUAUGUUAAAAUUUAUGAAUUUGACACAUCCUUUUACUGAAUGCAUGAUCUGUCAAAACAACGUAAGACGUCAAUGUUUGCCUGAAGCUGUGCACUAAAUAUAUCUCUUUCUACUGUCUGAUGUUCGGUAUACGGGCUAAGUGGAAGACAACAUUGUUCACAGCUAGCGUUUGUAACGUGACAGGAUUAGAAGACAACAUCGUUCUUCUAACGGCUAAUUUGACCCUUUGUUAAAGAAAACGAAAAAAGAAAAUUACAUAUCAGUAAAAUAUCGAAAUCGGUGGAAACAAUUGAUUCUUUGAAUAUUCAUUUCAAAGAAAUUCAGUUCUUCUGUGACAGGUACUCCAGGUAAACCUGUCACAAUUUUGACAAAUUUUUCCCUAACAACAGCCGGCUUAUUUUGCACAAUAUAUAUAGAAGAGAAGAGCAACUGCAUGACCUGCAACAUAGCAGAUGAUUCUUUGGUUCCUUUUACGUCUGCGAUUCGUGAUGACAUAACCUUUUUAGCCAAUCCUAGAAAUCCGUCUCCUGGUGGCAGUUAUCAAUGUUUGAAUUUUGAUGAAUCUCUUGACAAGGCUCGUUAAACUCAGACGAAUUCAUUUCAAAGAUCUCCCAUUCAAUUAAUAAGAUUCGAUGGUUCUGCAUGGGACGUAUAAAAUACGUUUUCUCUGUGUUCGCCAGACGGAUAAAACGCAGGAAAAGAUCGACUCCGCCCCCCUCCCCCAUAACGGCCUUCUUGACCCUUGCUUCGUUGUAUCUUGCUCAGACCACUACCCACCAUCCUGAAUCCAAACAUUUUUCAUUAUUGUUAUUUCCUUUUUAGCCGGUAAUCUCAUAAUAGGAAUUGGUGAAGUCCUGGAGAUCAACACAACUGCACCAUCCAUAGUUAAUAACAACUGCCCCAGUUGUAAUUACACCGCAUCACAUGAAAAUAGAUCUUCCUCAAGCUCGCAUGGUGAACAUCUGGCUGCCGUGAUUAGGUUCAGUGGUAACAUUGAGUUUAGAAACGGUUCAACAGUCCAAACAUUUGGAAAGUACGGUCUGAGUAUAACAAGUCAGAAUGGACACAUCUUAAUAGAAACUGAUAUCGACAUGACGUGUACAGAGAAGGUGCUGGAUGAAACAUGUCUCGGUGGGUUCACACAGUCAUCAGUAAGGCCGUUGGAAGAUCUCUACAACCCUCCUAAACUCGUAUAUAAAGGUAAGAGAAGAUGCUUUUCUUUUCCUUUCUCACGUUUGCAUUUGGUUUGCUCUUGCUUUCACACUUACUUCCUGGGAGAUGGGUACAAGGUAUAAUAAGACGGUAUAAUUACGAACAGUAAAUCGCUGAGUCUCUUUAAUGUUUAACAUUCGGAGAUAAAUUCAUACUCAACCAUGAGACAAAAUUGGUUUCCUUGGAAACUCAGUGUGAUAUAAUCUGAUAGUUUAGAGGGAUUCAACAUUUUGAAAUGCCAAAAAAAAUGGCUCGAACUCAUGCCACAACUGAGGUCUGAAGUCAUAUCAGCUGUGACCGAUUUAUUACCACAAUUUGUCUAGCGUAACAGGGACAGGAGAAAUAGAAAUCCAUGCUACUAGGGAGGAUGUUUACAUAUAGUUAUUAAUCACUGCUUUGUUCAGGGAACAGGUCGUUUAUGGCUGGUCUUCACUCAUUCCGUGGCCAUUUGAGUAACAUUCAAUAUUAAGCACCUAGCUUCUUUAGCCUUCCUUGUCACUUAAAAUUAUAUGCUGUUUUUUUUAUAAGGGACUGGUCAAAAAGUAUAAGGGGGGGUGGGUCGGAGCAUUUGGAAAUGUGGUUGAUAAAAAACACAUGACCCACCCCCUCCCUUCGGCACAAAAAUGACUGACCCACCCCUAAAGCAAGGUUGGAAAUUGCAUGACCCACCCCCUAGUUAAAGCAUGGAUGUUUGGUUUCCUCUUAAUAAUCCAAUAUAACCUUGUUCUGUGCUUGACAAAAUUUGUUGAUACACUGCUACAACCGAUAUUAAAAUCACAGAAAUCAUACCUUUCACUGAAAAGACGAAUGUGAAAAACCGAACAUUUCUUGUUUCAAUGGACGUUAACUAUGAGUCUUGACACAAAUAUACAGCAAACUGAGGGUAUAUUGAAAUUAUCUGUCACAAAGCAUAUGAAAAUUUCAACAAAGACAACCCAUUCCUACACAUUACUUACCGGAAAUGCUUAGAUUAAUCCUCAAAGAAAAUUUCUUCCACUUCAGUGGAAAGCACUACCUACAAAACCAUGGAACUGCAACGGGCACAAAGACAGCAGUUUUGAUUCCUUUGCCAAUGUUUUCAUGACAUAUAUUGAAACAACAACUCUAAGCAAAACUGUCUUUGGAACAACAGUUUGGAAAUGCCACAUACACGACAUCUUUUCCCUAUGGUACAUGAGUAAACCAGACAUCGAAGCCUUCAUUGAACAAGCAAGCUUACAUCACCCAACUAUUGAAUUCACGGCCGAAACAUGACACUGAGACUGCAUUUUUAGACACGGUUGUAUACAAAGGCACGAAGAUUCAAGAAAAAAUCUAUCCUUGAUGCAAAAAAGCUUCUUGCACACACAUUUCACCUCGUGUCACCCUCCAAAUGUUAAAAAAAGAAUCUGUCAAAGGAGAAGCCUUAAGAAUCUUACGAAAAAACUCCUCAGAAACAACCUUUGAGGAAAAUAAUUCAAAUUAAAAAAAAAAAAACGCUUGACUGACGGAGGCUAACCACAAUCUUUCAGGGGCACUCAAUGUCAAUUUUCAGAAAAUAUCUGUUCGAAAGACGAUUUGAGAUCUAGAAUUUUUGGAACAUUUUUCGUAAAACUUCUUGCUUGUCUGCCCCUUCUAGGAUUUUCGAACAUCUAAAAAAACGGUAUAAUUGCCCAUUUUUAACGGAUUUUUACCCUAAAAAGGUCACCUAGAAUUUUCGGGAGCCUUUUUUCUGGCUGAAAUUUUCGAAAAAGUAAGUUUUGAUCCCUAUAAUUUUCGUGUCACUAGACUUUCAGCUAGGAGAUCCGACCAGAUGGAAAAUUUUUAGGGGAUAAAAGUAUGCCUAUAUCUACUGUUUAAAUUGGUUUUGAACUAUACUCUCGUUGGGUGCCCCCUAUCUUUGAUAGAAAACCUACCAUCAGAAAUAAAAUUCACAAAAGGGAGUCUAAACUCCUAAAACAAAACAACAAGGAGGAAAAAGAAAUAUUGCCAUUCGUGACACAAUACCAGCCCUCAGUGUCUACUGUAAAGGAGGCUUGAAUGAAAAAUUGAAUCUUAUACAAAACCAACUAUAACUUCAAUAAAUUUUUAAAGAACCACCAAUCAUUUCCUUACAAAAAAGGAAAAUCGUUAAAGGACAUGCUCGUUAGAGCCGAAAAAAAAAAGGUUAACAGAGGGUUCCACGCCCGUAUAGAUGUGCGGCCUGUCAACCUUUGUAUUUUCUCGCACAACAGGUUUGUGAGUAUUUUAGCAAUAAUUCCAGCUGGCUGUGUUUUAUAUAACAAGUGUAGUCAACUGUCUCGUUAGUAGUUAGUAUAAAAUAGGGUGACCCACCCCCUAAGGGUAGCUGAAAAUUGCACGACCCACCCCUUGCACAAGGCUCAAAACCUCAUGACCCACCCCCUCUCUGCCCCUGCCCACCCCCCCCCCCUAUACUUUUUGACCAGUCCCUAAUUAACACUUUUUUGUAACGUUUUAUUGUUACGUUUUGUUAGUCUCUAAAAAACAAAUAGAGGAAAUUCUAAAUAUGCUGAUCUUCGAACCUUAUACAGCCUAAUUAAAGCUCAUUUUUGCAAAGGCUAUGGUCUUACAACAGGUAAAUAUUUUACUUCAAGAUCAUAAACGUAGUGAGCUGGAUAUUUCAAUUACUAACUAUUUUUUCUUUAUAUCUGAUCAAAUUCUCGUAAUUUUAAGAAACAGAGAUAAGUCGCGUCCUCAGUAUUACUCUCCCGAAUAGAAUGCUAGUCCAUCACAGGAAAGUGGCAGUCUGAUUAUUUCGUGUGGUACUGCUUUUUACAACUGGGCAGAGAAGGGCAGAGUGAAGUACUAUUCAAUAAAAACCAUGCUCUGCUUGAAUUUCUUCCUCCAUUUCUAAAGUCCGAUAAAAUACCCCUUUCUUGUGCUCUAACGACUGAAUAAGACUUCUUGAUGAUAGUUAAGUUUUGUAAACAGGGAAUUUUUAAUGAUUUUUAUUUUCUUUACAGGUCUUGGUCCUGGUGGCCUCAGAAAAGCCGCAGGGUUUUAUUUUCACCUUGUUUGCAUACCUGGUUCUAGUCAUGGCGGAAGAGGACUGCCUCCGGGUGGUCCCCUACAUUCAGAUCAAGCAUAUGAUCAACAGGACACAGUAUCACUAUUAGGAGGAAGCGGAGGUGAGAUAAAUUAUUUUAAAAUCACUUUGUGGCUUUGAUCUAAGUACUAAUGAGGGCUGUAAUGGAAAUUUGUUAAUAGAGAAAAAAAACAAGUGAAGAAAAACUUUGGGCACACUACAAUUACUAUACCUUACGGCAUACUCACCACGACAAAUCAGGCCUAUAUUAGAAGAAUUUACUGUGUUUUAACUACUUUUUACUAAAAUUCUGGAAACUGUUGGUUGUAAGUAGAGUAGUCAUGACUGUGAAAGGUUUCAACCUAGGAGGCAUUUCAUGAGUAGGAUAAGUAUGAUCAUCCGGGUGAACAUAAUCCUGAAUAGGACAGUUAUUGUUGACACUGACUGACGUUUCGACAACCUGUGGGGUAGUCAUCUUCAGAGUCAAAGUGAGUUGUAUCACGUCAGGUGAUGGUAUUAUACUCUGGUUAUUGACCUAAUUUGUGAAUUAAGUCGCGAUGUUAUCGGUCGUCUGUCAGUCGCAAGCCGUGAUGUUAUUGGCCAUGAAGACUCGUAAUGUCAUUGGUGCGUUUCGAUCCAUCUAUUGUCACAGUUAAACAGUCGAUUAUUGUUAGUCAAAUUGUCAGUUGUCUAGUCAUUCUCUCGUAAUUAGUUUUGCUUGGGUGCUUCAAUAAGUCGUUUGCACGGUGCCGGUAUCUGACUUCUCUUACAAGCAGCUGCUCCAUGACUCAGUACAUCACAUGAUCAAUGUUCUUGUACAAAUUCGCAUUCUCACAAUGUUCACUGGGAUUGUCAGAGUGAAACGUGGUGGUCUACUCUAAGGUAUUACUUUCUGUUUCCUCACUGUCGUAUUCAGUGUCGUUGUCGCUCGCGUGGAUGUCUUCGGCUUCACUGUCAUUCGCAGAAGCUAUCUCUUCUCCCUCUUCCUUUCGUCCGAUGAACUUUCCACAUUACCCUCGUUCUCGGAAGUAUUUUUGUCCAUUUUGGUUGCCUUAUUAGAGACCUUUAGAUUCUGGGACGAGAACGACUACGAGUACCAGAUUUCACUUAAAGUGUUUUCCCGUAUUCUCAAAUAACAGACACCCCGGAUAGCCUCAUUGUACAUCUUUUUCACCAAACAAAAUUAGCACUGUUUUCUUUAUUGAAAGAGGUUAAGCUAUCUCCCAGCCGCAAAAUAAUUCAACCUAUAACACUUUAUAACUUGUGUCCGCUAACACUACAUUCUCGCUAAAACUCGUAGUAGAAUGACAACGACUAUCACUUUUUCCCGCCAAAAUGACGCUGGUUCACGCGCGCGCACUAAUUAGUAUUGAGAAAAUCUCGUACUCGUAGUUGUACUCGCCUUAGGAUCUAAAAGGCCUCCAUUCUUUUUUUAUCAAAGCAAUUCUUUGUUAUUGAUUGAGCCCUUAUCGACUACAAACUCCGCAAGUCCAUCUAUGAACACAUUCAACGCACGAGGUUUGGUCACAUAAUCGUUACGAGGAACUGGCGUUGAACACACUCAACUAGUUCGGUAAUAUUUGUCACGGUAAUUAUGGGUUUAUUUCGAAGUCUGACUGUCCGCGGGGAGGCCAUAAUAAAAUAUCUCUAGAAGCUGCCAUGCUAUGUAGAAAACCAAAAGUAUGCUCUUUACACACCGCUUUAAAAAAAUUAUUACAAUCUUAAUUAAUGGCAAAGGUUUCAGGUAAGUGAUAAAAAGAAAGGCAUUGCCUUAAGGACGGUCUGUAAAAGAGUCAAAGACCCCAUAGUAGACAGACCAUCUUUUAAAAAAUAUUCAUAUAAUAAAAACUAAGUUUAAAAGACAGACAAUUAAAAAUGUAAAAAUGCACACUGAGAUAUGUACAAAAAAAACAAUGAAUAAAAUAAGAAUACGAAUAAUUAUAAAGCCUCACACAUUUCCAUCUAAGAACUCCCUCACUCCUUUUUUUAAACUAGCACUAGUUGCUGCCUGACGAAAAGGCAGUGGUAGAGUGUUCCACAUAUCCACGAUCCUAUUGAAAAUACUUAACUUAAAUGUAUUAGUUCUAGCAUCAUUCUUUUUAAGAGUACAUUCAUCUUUUCCCCUUAAAGGAUACCGAUCAGAAUCUGAGAAAAAAUGUACAUAUGUAAAUAGCUAGAUCAAUAUUUAUAUAGCCAUUCAAGGUUUUAUACAGGAAUAAUACGUCAAAUAAAAAUCGCCUUUGUUCUAAGGACAACAAAUUGUGCUUUUUUCUCCGUUGUUCAUAAUCAUCAUUGGUCUUCAAAAUAAACUUAGUUGCCCUUCGCUGAAUUCGCUCCAACUUAGAAAUAUUUCUAGAUGUAUGUGGUGACCACACAACAAUGUAACUCUCUAGCUGUGAUCUGACCUGGGCAAGAUACAGAGUUCUCAAUGUGGAAACAUCUUGAAAUCCUUUACAGAUCCCUUAGACCUAGGAUCUUGUUGUCCUUAUUCGAUAUUUUAUCAAUAUGAGUGCUCCAAGACAGAUUAAAAUCAGUAACCAAGCCCAGAUCACGGAACUCAGAUGUUAGCUCCAGGAUAUUAUUAUUUAAGUGUAAGUCAGAGUGAAUAGGUGUUUUCCUGUUAGUGAUAUGCAUUAGUUUAAUUUUUUUCACUUUAAACUCUAUGAGGUUCUAUUGACUCCAUGCAUAUAAAUUGUCGAGAUCUGACUGAAAUACGGAAUGAUCAACUGGACAGUUUAUAAUCCUAGAUGUUUUGCAGUCGUCAGCAUAUAAUGACACACAGUUUCCAGGCAUUACUACUUCAGUCAAAUCACUAAUGAAAAUUACAAAGAACAAAGGGCCCAAUAAGGAGCCCCGAGGUAUGCCCAAUGGAAUAGCUCACCAUGUAGAAUUCAUUUCUUCUAUGACAACUCUCUGUUCUCUGUCGGUGAAAUAAUCCUUACACCAAUUCAAAAGCGCACCGGAGAUACCAAAAUUACCCAACUUUUUGCAGCAAGAUAUUAUAUGCCACUCUGCUAAAUGCCUUUGCAAAGUCCAGGAAAACAACGUCCGCCUGUUUGCCCUCAUUCAAGGUGGUCACUGAUGGUCAAUGAUGCUAAGUGAGUAGCAAAUGAACGUCCCCUCACAAACACAUGCUGUCAGCCUGUCAGAUAAGGAGCCACAUGCGGGUAUACAGCAUUAUACACAAUCCUCUCUUGACAUUUACUCGGAAUGGAUAGUAAUGAAAUAGACCGAUAAUUUUCGACUACAUCUUAAGCAUCAGCUUUAAAAACAGGAGUCACAUUAGCUCGCUUGGGAAAGACUACUCAAACGAUCUUUUAUCGUUGGCUUUUUAUUACUGCUUUCAUCAACAAAACUUCCGCUCUUUCAUUUUUCACUAUUGUGCUCUUUGUCAAAAAAAUCUAUCUUUUUCUUCAUCUCGAGAGGUGCCGGUGGAAGGGAGGCUUCGAAUAAGUAACUAAUAGCUUCGUUUACUCUUUUAUAGCAUCAAAAAACCUAAGCUAGUAACAACAGGGACCACCCACUUGUACUAGAAUUUGCUUCUUUCUAAAGUAGGAGACAAUUUUUUUGCUAGGUCUACUUAGGAGCCCCUGGUCUACUUCGUCCCUCGUUUUUGGGUCUUGUUCAAAUGUAUUUUUUCCCUAGUCUUUUUUAACAUUGUAAUCAUUGGUGAAAGCGAUUAAAUAAAUAAAUAAAUAAAUAAGCAUCUUUAUAUGACAACAAUUUCCUUUCUUCGAGGAUUCGAAUGUAUUUCUUAAGUACAUUGGACUAAUGCAUGCAUGAGUUAUGGAGUGUCUGUUCUUAAGAGAAACUGUCGCUGACGAAGUGGACAAACAGCUUACAGUUGAAGAAGAUCACGGCUGUUCUUCACGACACAAAACAGUGCUACCACGAAAGAAGUACCAGACAGAGUAGUCAGCUGAACAUUCCGAGAUGCCAUCGAGCUGUCGGUCAGCGGUCAUUCUCCUACCGAGGGAUAAAGCUUUGGAGUGGCAUCAGUAAUAAUGUUAAAUCUACCGACUCAGUUAACAUGUUUAAGAAGCGACUUGUCAAACUACCUCUUUCUAAUCAAGAACCGGAUUGGAAAUAGCAAGUUUUAUUUCAUUCAUUAUUUUUAUUUUGUAAUUAUUAUUUUUAUGAAUUACUGUUAUUGACUCCUUUUUCGUAUAAUUUCCUUGCCUUAUUGUCCCGUAACUGAAAAGUCCUUUGAGGGAGUUGUAGUAAAAGUAUGUGUGUAUGUAACUGUAAUUAAUUAGCUAAUUUAUAGCGAGGCGUCACGUUCGAGCGCGCGAGCGGAGCCCAUACCUAACAAAAUUUGGUAAUCUAUCUAUCUGAAAAAUUUUGUUAAUCGCGUGAUCGACUAACCAUACGCCCAUCCACCUGUCCGUCCGUACCACAGGGAGACCAAAAUGUGAAAUGUCUAAUUUUCUAGCUGGUGUGGGGGCCUGUAACCUGUUUUUAACCUGACAAUAGACAUCCAUAUUAUGGUCAAUUGACAGGUGUCAAAACAGUAUCUGCUUACCAGUGUCACAUGACCGUAUCGCCAGCUCAGAUGCCAGAUCAUGGAAGUCGCGUGUUUUUUAAAGUUUUUCGCUGACCAGUUGUUAGCUAUUUAAUGAUCGCGGGCUCAAGUUUAUGUCUUUAGUCAUGGUUUUUCCGUAAAGUUAAGUAUAGUUUUGUGGUCUUUUCAAUAGAUUUAAGCCUAUUGUCUGUAGUAAAUUUAAAAUGCAUAAACGGGAGCUUCACUUUUAGCUUUGGCUAAUAUAUAUAUUCGAAAUGUGGUGGUGGUGAAGGAAAACAAUAGAAACGUGGUACUGGGGGUGGUAGAGGGAAAACAGUAGAAAUGUGGCGCUGGGAGUGGUGAAGGAGAGAGACUAAGCCAAAAAAUCUUUUGGUGGUAGAAAGAGCCAGUUUGCCUUCAUCCUCCUUACCAUGUACAAUUUUCGCGCCAAGAAUCAGUGAACUGGAACCUUGACUAUAAGCUGUCUACAAUGGACAAUGACAGCGGCGGGAAAUUGAUCGUUUAUGGUUACUUUACGGCUGAGUGAUUUUAAUUCACAAGAUUAUUCCUUCGACAACAUGAAUCAACCAAUGAAAAUUUUUCUUAGCUUCAAGUCCACCAAUCAAAAACCAAGACUGAGUCAUUGCCUAAAAAUUACUACAAAACCUUUCAAACCGUUUAAAGAGCAUAAGAACAUGACAAACAGGUUCAACCAGUCAAGGUUAGGUGAGAUUAUUGUUUCAAUUGUAUCAGAAAUAACCAAAAGGGAAGAUAAUGAGAUUCCACCCCAUUUAUAUUAAUGAGAUUAAGACAAAAAGCUAUAACGUCAUCGACGUUAAGGUAUUCCCCUAAAAUAAAGAUUCCUCUCUAAAAAGGUCAAUUCGGUCCUUACUAUACUACUAAACCAGAAAAUAUCCCAUCUACAACUAAAGAAUACAACAAAUAAACUCAAAAAGGAUUGAGAUAUAAGUAUGCAAAGACAAAUGAAUGUUACCUAUCAGUGGUGAAAAUAAAUCUUUUUUCGUGAUAAAUAGUAUUUAAAAUUUGUAUUUUUGCUGUUAAUUCUAACUUCUUUUAACCUUAGGUUCAUGUGCUCAUCGCUCAGGAAGUGUUGCUGGUGGAGGAGCCAUUGAAAUUGUAGCAGAGAAAGGAUGCAUAACCAUAAGUAUAAACGAUUAGCAAAUUCUUUGUAAACUGUUUAAUAUGUAACUUGUUAACAACGUAGAACCCCAAAAGACUGAAACGUGCUCAGGAAAAAUAUGAGUCUGAUGACAACUGCUACAGGAGCAGAGGUAGUGCUCGGCUCCCCACAAUAACCAUCAUUCCGGAAGACCUUGUAAUUAAGUGUACUACUCAUUUUUCUAAUUUCUAUGCAACACUGCUAAUCUUUUGGUCCAUCAGCUAGGGGGGUUGUAUGGCUCACUUAAGGGGAACAAACAAAACAUGUAUAAUCUAAAUCUUUAAUUUGAGUAAAAACAUCACAAAAAUGCAUGAUAGCAAGGAUAGAACGGUAGCUUUCACUUUGUAAAUCGAAUUUUAAAUUUGCCACUUAAACCCUUAUUUUGGUCGCCAUCUUGGAUUUAUAAACAAACCUUUGAUUCCCUCUUAAUUUAAACACACGAUUUUUUUAAAGAUUUGAACAACUAGGUACCUGAGAUAUCAUUUUAGCAUUGAUAAGGUUAGUCAAGAUAUGAUGACGUCAUGUAUGACGUCACAGUGACCGCCAACUGAUAUCUCAAUCAUCUAAAUAAGAAAAUUGCUAUUAACAUGAAUUUCUUAAUCUUUUUCACAUUACAAACCUGUUUUGUGUUGAAAUGGGCCAGUUUGAAAGUGGUAAGUUUGUUUAACCUUUGGUGACGGCCGGCGAGGAGCGAAAAAACCGCAUUUUUCACCAAUUCCUCUUCUUUGGACUGGUUUUCGACUAAUUAGCAUGGCUAAAAGAGUAGCUAAAAAUGAAUUUUGCAUCAAACAAAAGCAUGUUUUCCGACUAAUCGCGUAAUUAAACAGCUUUUUUGUUUUUCACGCAUGCGCACAAGCCAAAAUUUUGACUUUGUUAUUUGCGAAUCUAUUUCGAUCUUUCUCUAGCUCUUUCUUUUUUUCUUUGCCUUUUUUCUAUAUUAGCAGUUUUUUUGCCCUAUUUAUCGUCUUUUUUUCGUAUAGAAUUGUGGCUAGCCAACGUUUUAGGAAAGGAAAAUAUUUCAUCUUCAAAGAGUAGCAGAUAAACCGCCACACUGGCAGCGGAUUUUUUCUCAAAAUGUUACCUUUUCUGUGAGUGUAACGUUGUAAGGAUUAGUCAGAAUAUCCAAAGCGAGAUAUCGCUGGAAACGUUUUGUGACGUUGUUGCUUACAAAUUUAUUAACGUAUUUAAACUGAAAGCUAAAUUGGUCUAGGAAGGAAAACAUGCAUGAUCAUGCAUCGUUCCAUAUGGAGUAAUAACGACCAAAGCAGUCGUCCAAGGUUUAAGGCCGUCGGGAUCACAAUGCUAGAAGAACAUUUUUAGAGCUAUCGUAGCUUCGUUUUCUACGGCAAGUACCUCUACCAAGAGGCAGUAAGGCACAAAUAAGAGCAGAUAACAUGCUCCGAGGUGGGGGAGGGGCUGGACUCAAGGGAAGUCUUGAAAGAGCUGUACCGCCGAGACCUUCAACCUCGACACUGUUUAAGAUUUUGACAUUGAUUUGUUUAGUUCUACAUGAAGAAUCAAAUAGUUUUUUAAACUAACAUCACGGAAAUAAAUACUAUGGAAAAAAUUAUUGGUAUUGCAAAUGUAAACUGCUGAUCGCUAGCCCUCACAGUCUUUUUAAGGCUUUCAGCCCAAAAAGACACUGUUCACGACGCUUUUAAGCGAAUUUACUAUUAAGAUAGAAUAUUGUACUAUUAAAAUAAUAAAAUAGAUAAUUAGAAUUUUACUACUUCAAUAAUAAAAUUCUACACCCUGUAUAAUAUUCAAGUCCUUCUGUUCAGCAGCACAUACCUGACCUGUAUAAGCCAAAUAAGGAAGUGCCUCCCCCCGUCCCACCUCGAAACGUGCUCCACUCAUGAAACAUGAUCCCAUAACUGACAUCAUUCGCAUAGCACCACUCUUCACUGCUGAAAUUCGCGUUCGGAAAAUUUAACAUAAACAUAGAUUCACAUCAUGUACUGCAUUUUCUGCCCUAACAUCCUAAGCUGAAGAAAGGUUCAUACGCAUGAGUUGCAACUACUCUACGGUAACGUGCCAAAGAGGGGAGCAGAACGAUGGUUCUUCUUCACAUUGAGGCUUAAUAAUUGCUCCUGUAAGUCGAAAAGAUGACUCGCAUGGCGGCAGAUUCUCCAGCUUGACCUUUCAGCCUUAAGCUCGGGAUGAAUCUCGUAGCGAGUCAGGGUCUCUGAUCACCAUGUGUCUGCGUCUAGUCGCCCGACUGGUCUUCGGUUUUCACACGGGGAGUCCAUGAUCCAGUUGCCGAGUCUGCUUCUAAAUGCUUCGGUUUUGCCCCGUGGCACAGGGAAUUUGACGAUUUCAGGUUAUUUCUGUUAACACUUAUUAGCUCGUUCCAUGACUUCACAGCAUAGUGCAUCGCACUAAAUUCCUAUAUUGCACACUGUCAGCGGUAGACGUUAUUCUCAGUCUUUUGACAUUUUUGAUCAACACCUCGCGCUACACGUCAACCACUACCACAGGCGGCCCAGACGUAGUAUGUGUCACUGAAUGAAUAUAUUAAUAUUCACAGGGACAAAUUAAUGAGGGUCUGAAUGGGGGGGUCCACUUGUCGGUUGUCGGUUAAAAUUCAGUAAUUUUGUCGGUAGUCGGUUAAAAUUUUCGAUCUUUGUCGGUAGUCGGUUAAACUUUUCAAUUUUCGCCGGUUGUCGGAAAAUCUUAGUUAAUAAGUAAAAACGCUUGUUAAUUAUUAAUAUUUUUUAUGUAUUUCACCCACUUUUCAAGACUUUGAUCCCUAAGGAAAAAGUAAAACUUGCAAGAAUGCAUCAUUUGUUUGCGCCUAAACCGUUCAUUAACUCUUGUUUUUUAUGCAACAUGGACGUUUAUUUCAUCAUUGUUUGCCAUUAAAUGAAUAAUUAGUACUGAUAAAAUCACCAAAGCUUUUAUUGUAAAUGCGAACUUGGUUUCCCUGUCGACUACAGGGCACAGUAAAAAGUAAUUAAUUAUUUACUUACUGGACUCUAGCCUUUUGGAUACUUGAAUUAUUUUUAUUGAAAAACUGCAAGGGAUGACAGGCUGCACAUCUAUCCCUCUUAUGUUUUGGUUCUAACAAGCAUGUCCUUUGCCACAAUUUUCCUUUCUCAAAGAAAUAGCUCUUUAGGUGGUUCUUUAAAAUUUUGGCAUGAUAGAGGUUGGUUUUGUAUGAGAUUCCACUUUUUCAUUAAAGCUUCUUUUUCAUAGACGCUAAGGGCAGGUAUUGUGUCACGAAAGGCAAUAUUUCAGUCUUUUUCUUCCUGGUUGUCUUUUUUCAGGAGCGCUGCCUUCCUUUCUGUGAGUUUUACUUCUAAUAGCAAUUUUCUUUCAAAAUCGUGUGGCUAGCCUCUGUCCAUCAAGCGCUUUUGGAAUCUGAAAUACCUCAGAGGAGUUUGUUCGUAGGAUUCUCAGGCUUUUCGUUUGUCAAACAGGCGCUUUAUCAAUUGGUGGGUGAUAAGAGGUGAAAAUGUAUAUACUGUAAGGUUUCCGUUUCAAAUGCGUCUUUACAUCAAAGAUAGCUUUUUCUCAUUUUUCGCUGAAUGUUGUACCUUGGUAUACAACCGUUUCUAACAAGAAUGUCUCAUUUUCAGAUCUUUCGGCCGUGAAUUCCAUAGGAGGGCAUAUAACUUUACUUGUUCCGCGACGAAAGCUACGAUGUCUGGUUUACUUAUAUCCCAUAGGGAAAAAAUGUCAUUUAUGUAGCGUUUUCAAACAGUUGGUUUAAAGACGGUUUUGCUUAAACUUUGUGUUUCAAUAUGUGCCAUGAAAAUGUUGGAAAGGAAACUGCUGUCUUUGUGCUCAUCGCGGUAACGUGGGUUUGUACUGAUAGUUGUUUACAUUAAACGGGAAAGAAUUUUCUUUAAGGAUUAAUCUAAGCAAAAAACGUUCGGUUUUUUCACCUUUGACUUUUCAAUAAAAUUUAUAAAGUCGGUAGCAUCUUUAAGGUGUGACUUUGUGAUUUUGAUAUUGGCUGUAGCAAUGCGGAAAUUCUUUCCCUUAGGCCAUCUGAUGAGUCACAAAUUUAAAGAGGUUACUUACUUCCUCGAGCUAACGGUUAGAUUAAAUACAAAAUGCUCUUUUUCUGGAAACAAAUAUUGAUAAUAUCAGCCCAUGUCGGUAGUCGGUUAAUAUUUUUCCUGUCGGUAGUCGGUAAUUUUUUACUCAUUUUGUCGGUAGUCAGUAAUAUUUUUCGCCCUUUGUCGCUAGUCGGUUAACCCCAUUCACACCCUCAUUAAUGCGAUGAGUCGUCGAAACUCCAAUGAACGAAAAUAGUCCAAAAGUCAAAAUAUAACAAAACAAAGCUAAGAUACGUUUAACUGAACGUAUCCUUGUCUUUCCUGGCCCGUUAAAGUGGCAUUUUGUUGAGUUUUGCAAUUGUAAGUACUAUCCACUAAAGAAGAAUUAAAGACUGGCUACAAAACAAACGGACCAUCUCCACGCGCCUUCACGCGAAGCGCUAUAAAUUCGAGAAUAAUCGACGAAUCCGCUCCAAAUUGCCAUCGGCUACUCUGCAGGUAACGUGUGCUCCUGCUUCUUGUUCGCUGGCUCCACAAAACCCAUCGCAACUGCACAAUAAUCGCUCGCCCAUCAACAAACACUGUUGACCUUUAUGCUUCGAUAUGACCGCAAACUACCAGGUUUAAUACGCGACGUGAAUUUUGGUUAUUCUUUCAUGUUACGCUUACGCCAAAUAGACCUAGUGUUUCAUAUAACAGUAACAGAAUGUCCAUUCUCCUGUAUACCCAUGUAUACCCUGUAUACCCUGUAUACCUAUGUAUACCCUGUAUACCCUGUAUACCCAUGUAUACCCUGUAUACCCUGUAUACCCAUGUAUACCCAUGUACUCCCAGUAUACCUUGUAUACCCUGUAUACCCUGUAUACCCCUGUAUACCCAUGUAUACCCUGUAUACCCUGUAUACUCAUGUAUACCCCUUAUACCCAUGUAUACCCUGUAUACCCUGUAUACCUUGUAUACCUUGUAUACCUUGUAUACCCUGUAUACCCUGUAUACCCCUGUAUACCCAUGUACUCCCAGUAUACCCUGUAUACCUUGUAUACCCUGUAUACCCUGUAUACUCAUGUAUACCCUGGAUACCCAUGUAUACCCUGUAUACCCAUGUAUACCUUGUAUACCCUGGAUACCCAUGUAUACCCCUGUAUACUCAUGUAUACCCUGUAUACCCAUGUAUACCCUUUAUACCCUGUAUAUUCAUGUAACAUGGCAAGACCAAAAAAGAUGAAUUAGCGUGUCUGAGGAAUUGUUGCAAAAGGCAUAUAUGUCAUUUUCUUUUCGUCCUAUUUUAAGUCAGAAAUCAUUGGUUGGUAUGCGCCUAUGUGAUAGUAUAAAUUGGAACUCAGUUUGGUGCUUUUUGUGCACCGUACUUUGCGCCAUAAAAUAGGUAAGUUCUUAGUUAUAUGUUCCUUCUUCGUCUGAGUAGUUACAGUCUUGAAGUCAAUUUAGUUGGCUUUUACGUGCGGUUAAACUAUUGGCUCUGGUCAGCUUUUGGUAAAUUAAUGGACCUAGCUUUUCUCUUUUAACAAUUCAGUUUUCACUCGGUGUUUCAAAGUUAUAGUCUUUUGUCUCAGCAGUAUCGGUAACAUUUUUGCGAAUUCGUUGAACAGCUGAUAGUAAACCGUAAAAACUGAGCGGGCGUACUCUUAAAUCAUGUUUGGAGGCAAAAUCUUUGAGAGUCAGAAAAUUAUCGUUUCCCGUUUCGACGUGCUUAAUUUUGGAGAUACUUAUUUCAAACCACUCUUUAAAAAAGAAAUUUUUCAUUAUCUAUCCUUAUCAAAGAGUUGAACCACAGAACCUGUUCUUGACAAGCGAUAUCAGAACUUACUUUAUCCACAAAGUUUAUUUCUUUCCAAUAUUCCAAUUUUUCUUUAGUUACGGGGUCCGUUGCCCUAAUCUCUUUCAUAGUGUCAGAGACGUUGAGUCUCAACCGUUGAGAUUACCACGGAAAAUGAGAUUGCGGCCGUAGUUCUCCAGUUAUAGAUCAAAGAUAACGUUCCAUUUUCCGUUUUAAGUAGCGUCCAAGUACUUUUUAACCCAUGUUGUUUUAAGACAUUUAAUGAAAGGAUAAAGGUCAAUCAUCUUCAGACCUCCAUACUCAGGUUCAUUGAUCAUAACUUUUCUCUUGAUUUUGUCACCUUCACCAUUCCAUAGAAAAUGGUAAAACAUGGCAUUUAUUUCCUUUGUAGCGUAAUGAUUUGAGCGUAAAAGGGAAGAGCAAGUAUACCAGUUGUGAUGCGGUCAGUGAGUUAAGGACAGUAAUUUUCCCUAACAACGUGAGCCUGCAAUAUUUCCAGCAACUCAAAAGCUUCCUAAUGUUUUCAGUUUUUUCGUUGUAAUUCAACGUCAAAGCCAUGUCCGGAUCGGUUGACAGCCACAGACCAAGUGUUUGACUUUAUAUUUUGGCCAUUUAAACUUCUUUCCUGAAACAAGGAUUUGUUUAUGUGCUGUCUUAGAACCGAUCCAAAGGGCUUCCGUUGUGCUAUCGUUUAACUUGAGGCCGGAGAUCUGACAAAAAUCAUCUAAACUUUGUAUUGCUGGUAUAAGGGAUUUCUCUCAACCGUCUAAUACAAGAGUGAUAUCAUCAGCGUGUUGGCUUAUCUUAACUUCGUCAUUACUCAGAGAAAAACCUGUUAUGCCCUUGUUGUUUCGGACGGUCUUGGCCAAGAUCUCCGCAACAAGAAUAAACAAAUAUGGAGAAAGGGGACAGGCUUGCCUAACUCCCCUUUGAGUCCAAAAGAAAUUGGUUGAAUGAAAAGUGAAAAGAGGCUUUUUAAGGACUAAUGAAAUAAUAAGUGUAUUUAAUUUUCAACAAUUUAGACUGCAGUGAUAACAAAUUCUUAGGUCUUCGAGAGUUUUGCGGAUUGUAAAUCCUUCAGAUUUGUGAUUUCCUAUCUUAAAUUUGAAGGCGAUGCGUUUAUGUUCAGGCUUCCUGAUAUGCUAAAUGAAUUCAGAGUACUUUUUUUCGUUUCCAUAGGUGGAGUAGAAGUUUAGUUUUUUUGUUUGCACUUAUCAGAUUGACUUGGUGGUUUUUAAAAUGUACUGACAAACUGUAGGAAAGCAGAAGGGUUUUUUUUAAAGUAACUGAUUUAUUUUCAAUAUUAAAUUGUUUACAUAAAAGAUUUAUUUUGUAUAUCAAACAUGAUUUUUUUACUAAAGGGUAGACAGGCUAUACCGGGCACACAGGGUAUACAGUGUAUACAUGGAUAUACAGGGAGUACAUAAGUAUACAUGGGUAUACAAGGAAUGCAGGGUAUACAAGGUAUACAGGGUAUACAGGGUAUACAGGGUAUACAUGAGUAUACAGGGUAUACAGGGUAUACAGGGUAUACAAGGUAUACAGGGUAUACAAGGUAUACAUGGGUAUACAGGGUAUACAUGGGUAUACAGGGUAUACAGGGUAUACAGGAUAUACAGGGUAUACAUGAGUAUACAGGGUAUACAGGGUAUACAGGGUAUACAAGGUAUACAGGGUAUACAAGGUAUACAUGGGUAUACAGGGUAUACAUGGGUAUACAGGGUAUACAGGGUAUACAGGAUAUACAGGGUAUACAUAGGUAUACAGGGUAUACAGGGUAUACAUAGGUAUACAGGGUAUACAGGGUAUACAUGGGUAUACAGGGUAUACAGGGUAUACAUAGGUAUACAGGGUAUACAGGGUAUACAUGGGUAUACAGGGUAUACAGGGUAUACAGGGUAUACAUAGGUAUACAGGGUAUACAGGGUAUACAUAAGUAUACAGGGUAUACAUGGGUAUACAGGGUAUACAGGGUAUACAGAGUAUACAGGGUAUACAGGGUAUACAUAGGUAUACAGGGUAUACAGGGUAUACAUAGGUAUACAGGGUAUACAGGGUGUAUACAUAGGUAUACAGGGUAUACAGGGUAUACAGGGAGAUAAACAAUCUAUUACUAUUACAUGAAGGAUAUAUCUAUUUGGCGUAAGCGUAACAUGAAAGAAUAACCUGAAUUUUCAAGCUUAGCGACCGCGUCCGCGCGACAAUGCAGCACUUGCUAUGGGAGGGAUGGUACUAUUGCUUCUAGGUCAGUCAAUCGGGAAAAUAAUAUUGAAGUCCUCGUAAUUUUCAAAGAGAUCCAAUUUGCCCUAGGAUCACGGAGCUAAAAAAAAAUGAGCGGCAGUGGAAAAGUGAACAACAACAUGUACUACAUUUCUUCCACGAAAAGUGAAAACCAGGAUGUUUUAUGGACGAUUCACGUUGCAGUCAUGCAAAUCAGCGGCAAGGAAAUGUACAAGAAAGUGUGCUGCAAUUAGACCUAUUGUUGGUUUUUUUCACAGCUCUGGUCAAGGGCAUCCAACGACUGUUUUCUGUAAAAUAUCUGUUCGGAGAAGCAAAUUUUGCCGGGAGUUUUCUUUCACUUGGCUAAAACUUUCUAGAUGACCAUUCCAUUCAUGUACAAUUUUUGAUGGUCAUCUAAUCUUGCUAUUAAAUUCCCUACGAUUUUCUGAAGUUUAAUUUUCACAUUUCGCUCCCCGGGUUAGGCUAUCUUUAGUAGCGAGUAAAAAGCAACCCUAAAAUUUUUGGAUUCAAAAAUGUGGUGAAAGAAGGAAUCUGAAAAAUUAUCUCCUUCGUGAGACGUUACAUUGCAUAUAAAGUUUUCGGGAAAAUAAUUCUUAAUUCCUCGUAAUUUCGAAAAGAGUCAAGUUCCCCUAGAAUGGUCGAUCACUGAGAUACAAAUUUUAUAGCGCCACUUAGAAUGCAUUUCUAUAGAGCUAAAAGUACUUUAUGAAUAGCUAAAAAGUGUUUUCAGUGUAUUUGAGGAAACCGUCGUUGGGUGCCCCGUGGAGGCGCGUGGAGAUGGUCCGUUUGUUUUGUAGCCAGCCUUUAAUUCUUCUUUAGUGGAUAGUGCCUACAAUUGCAAAACUCAACAAAAUGCCUCUUUAACCGGCCAGGAAAGACAAGGAUACAUUCAGUUAAACGUAUCUUAGCUUUGUUUUGUUAUAUUUUGACUUUUGGACUAUUUUAGUUCAUUGGAGUUUCGACCACUCAUCGCAUUAAUUUGUCCAUGUGAAUAUUAAUAUAUUCAUUCAGUGACACAUACUACGUCUGGGCCGCCUGUGCCACUACGUCCACGCGCGUACUGCGCGAAGUUAGUUGCUCUAAGCGACCACAUGGAACAUAGCUCCAGAGGAGAUCUACAACUUCUGUACCCUGUCGUUUCAUCGAAACUGCCGGUUAUGUCCUCCGCUUGCCGGAACUGUCCCAGUAGUGCCAUCCAAGUACAAGAGGAAGUACUAGGUCCUUGUUCCGAACCUUAUGCACAGUCUUCACCUUCGUUGGCUUUCUUCACUGGAUCAAAGAAAGCGUGGGAUUGGAUGAGCAACGGCUCAUUACAAAGUUAUUCGCUGGCUGCUUUCUCUUGCCGUGGAGGGCAGUAAGUCAUCACUCACUUCUGUGUAGACAAGUUUAGCGAGUUGCAAAUUUCUCUUGUUGGUGAACUUACUUCGGCCAUUACAUUGAUUUUGAUGAGACGCGCGGCGAAUUCACAUUCAGUUGAAACCUCUCAAACUGAUUCCGGUCAUAGACGCGUGGCUGAAUAAGGUUGUCCACUAAGAUAUUGUUUUCAACAAGAGACUCUAUUUAAUACACUUGCAAUGUAAAAAUAUGAUUUAUUCACUUACUCUUUUCUGAAACAAUUUUCUAAACCUUACAUUUUUUCCAGUUAUUAAACAAAUUGCAAACCGCCGGUCUUAUUGGGUGACCAAUAACGGGCGUUAUUGAUUCGCAUAGGACGUCAGGUAGUUAUAAUUUAAGCACUAGAAUAAACGGAAGUCAUGUUUUUAGUUCAAAUAUGUUUUAAAUCUACGCUGAAACAAGAUUUGUUUACGUUAAAAGAAUAUAAUCAACUUUUCAGCCUUCCAAAAAAUUCAAGAUGGCGGCCAAAAGGAGAUUAUGAGGAGCCAAUUUAAAUUUCGAUAUUCAGAGUGAAAGCUACCGUUUUAUCCUUGCUAUCAUGCAUUUUUGUGAUGGUUAAUAGCCAGCGAUUAAUAUGUGACAUGUUUCGGCUGUUCCCCUCGAGUGAGCCAUAAACUCAAAUUUUCGACUCUCAGCUGAUGGACUAUUUUACCCAGAAGCUGUGUUUUAAUCAUCCUGUCAUACACCGUAUUCACAAAUGGCGGACACGCGGGAAAAAACUGGUGCCUAGUCAUGAAAGCGAGGCGUUGGAGGGUAAACAAAAAUUGCAAAUGAAGACUUUCAGUGAACUUGCAGAGUGUUUAGCACGGACUCCACCUAAAAUAACUUUGUAUGGACGUCUUUUUUAAUACAAUGACGUGGGACGUCUUCUGCUUUUAAUGUUUAGUACUGAUUUGCUGUUUGCAAUCAAAAGGGACGCGUAUAUCUUCAAGGAAACAGGAUGAUUUUGUAGGUUGCCGAAGCCUCAGAAGCUCGACAAGUGGGUGAUGGCUGGAGAAAAGCGGCAAACAUGUUGGCCCAAACUUCACGCUGAAACCGAAUACGAAAGCCAGGUCACUGCAAUUCUGUAAAACAGAAGUAAAAACAGAUAUUGGUGGCAAGAAAAAAAGAAACAAGCGACGGAUAUAUGGCCUACUUGUCAACGGAAGAGACCUCCGCCAUUACUCAAAACAGGUCAAGUCGAGAGCGGAUGAAAGAUUCAUUCACGAGACUCAUUCAUUCAUGUCAGUGUCAUUUUACACAUAUCUAUGUAUGUCUGUAUUUACAACUUCCUUUGGAUGAUAUUAAUUCGUCGCUUUGGAGUGAAUUGUUAGAGGUACGUUGGCAGAGCUUAGCAAAUUCAGUGCAAAUUUAAAAUCUUUUGAUUUCUUUGUCAUUGCGAAAUAAAAUAAUUUUAUCAAAACUAGAAGCUCUAGUGUGUGAAUCUUAUGCCUUGCUAUUUGCCUGGUCUCCUUUACGGCAUUAUCUCGGAGAGCUCUUGGUAAAAAAGUGGUAUAAAGCUCACAUUUUACUAGGUUAAACUUUUAAGGCAAUGUUUGUGUCAGGACUGAACACGGCCAGCUUCUGUUUCGAAUCAUUAACUGCGAGUCUAGAUCCGUUUAAGAAGACCAUCAUUUUAUUUAUUUAUGUAUUCUUCACUUUUAAAAUAUUAUGGAAAAUGAAGUUAAAACUGUUAACAGCCAAAGCUAAGAAAUAGGAAAAUUACUCGCUGAAAUGAAAUGUGGCCGGCUUACCGAGUCUGCCGAGUAACAAGUUGAAAUUUUGAGCGUACUCCACUCGAUCGCUCCUGCAUUUAUACCAAAGAGAUAGUUCUAAUUGAUGUCCGUCAUCGAUAAAGACUAGAGAAUAACGUCCUGGCAAACAAAAACCAAACAUAACUUCAUCGAAACCUCAGUCACCGCUUCUUUCCUGUCUUCCUUUUUUCCAUCUCGAUUUGAACUGUUUAGUUCAAUGGCACACGUCUCUUGCGUUAACAAGUAGGCCAUAUAUAUCCAUUGCUUAUUUCUUUUUUUCUUGCCACCAAGAUUUGCAUUGUUUAUAUUUUUGUUUUACCGAAUUGCAGUGAGCUGGCUUUCUAACUCGGUUUCAAUGUGAAGUUUGGGCCAACAUGUUUGCCGCUUUUCUCCAGCCAUCGCCCACUUGUCGAGCUUCUGAUUCUUCGGAAACCUACAAAAUCAUCCUGUUUCCUUGAAGAUAUACGCGUCCCUUUUGAUUGCAAACAGCAAAUCAAUACUAAACAUUAAAAGCAGAAGACAUCCCACGUAAUUGUAUUUAAAAAGAAGUCCGUACAAAGUUAUUUUAGGUGGAGUCCGUGCUAAACACUCUGCAAGUUCACUGAAAGUCUUCAUUUGCAAUUUUUGUUUACCCUCCAACGCCUCGCUUUCAUGACUAGGCACCAGUUUUUUCCCGCGUGUCCGCCAUUUGUGAAUACGGUGUAUCCUGUAUCUAUCUCAGUCUUAAAACUGUUCCUUGAAGAAGGUUCUUAAAUGACCCAAUCGGCAGAAAUGCGACAUUUCAUUAACAGCCUGUUCACGCCACGCCUUCAGGAAAUACAACUAUUUCCUUUUAUCAUUUGUUUUAUUAUUUUUUGAUAAGGAAUAUGUUUCUUCGAUGACACAUUUUAUUUCAAUACUUUUUAGAUGCAAUCAUCAGAGCUUCAGCUCAGCGUGAAACAAACGAAUCAUGUUCUGGUGGAUCUGGUGGACUUAUUCGUCUUAACGCUUCUCAUGUAAUCCAUGACUUUAAUGUGUAGUUUACAGUGACUCAUUAUUUUUGUGGCUUGUUUUUUCUUUUGACAGCAGUAUUCCUAAAGGCAAAGUUUGAAUCUGUAUCUACAACAGUUUGCAAAAUUCGCAGUAAUUCUUUUUUGAAUAGCAGCGAAGUUUGACUAGGUGUAACUACGGGACUGCCUCUUUCGCAGUUAUCGUACUGAACACUUAUGCAGUCCACAACCUCAACUUUUCAAUAGAGGAGCGGUUCUUCUCUGUAUUAAAAAAGUGUGCAUACGUCGCGGAUGAUGAUUUUUCACUAUAAGAGAAGUUCGACUCUGUAUACAUGGCAAAAUAAAGCUGUCUCAAGUAACAAACAAAAGAAGUAAAAAUCAAUAGAGGAGGCCUUUUUAUUACACGCACAAACGAUCCCUUGAAUCCCCGCUACUUCUCCAAGCCUCGUCUUCCAUUUUCAGACGGAGUAGGGUUGUUCGGGGGAUGAAAUAUCAACAUUUUCAUACGACUUGGUUUUGGUGAGAAGAAUAGCGGUCGAGACGCGAACACAGACUGAUUUGAUUGCAUAUUUUUUUGAAAAUCAACAAAUAGAUACACCGAGCACUUGACAAAGCAGAGUUGUAAGGUUGGUGAAGCCAUACUACAAAACUGCAUCAAUAGAGUGUAGCCACCAUGAUUUCGUAGGCUCCACAUGCUACAUGAAGUUUAUUUUUCGAAUCCACAAAACUAGUACUACUAAUUUUCAUUUUUAUCUCCACGAAUUUUGCUACCCCCAUUUCUGAAUAAAACUCUCACAGAUGCUUAUUCCAGAUUCUACUUUUAAAAAAUGAUCAAGUCUCUCUUAUCACAAAGUUUAAUCUUAUCUCAGAUAAUGGGUUAGGAAGUAUUUGGGUGUUACCUUGCUCUACUCUUACGGAGGAGAACAAGUGUUAAAAUAGGAUCUAUUUAUAACUAAGAAAGGAAAUGAUUCAAACUUCGUCUUUAUGGCUUAAUUAUAAACAGUUAAAUUUGGAUGUAUGCAACAUCGUUCCCAGGGUAGAAAUAAGGUCAGAGAGUAUGUCUGCGUUUUUUGGGAAAAUCGCCAAAUCCGGAUAUCUGGAUCCAAAAACGGAUGUUGCUAUUUUGAGAUGUGACAAGACGCUAACGGUCGAUCCAACGUUUUGGUUUUGAACGUUUCACUUAUUGCCUGAUUUUAUACCCAAUUUAACCAUGAUUUUCGUUGCUUUAUUUUCUUUAGGUUGAACUAAAGGAGCAAGCAAAACUUAUUGUUGAUGGGGGAAAUGGCAAUCCAAACAUUGGAGCAGGGUUGGGUUUGGGUGGUGGAGCAGGUGGAAUUAUACAGAUAAUAUCACCUGCUGGUCGACUGCAACCUAACGUUUUAUCUCUAAAACGAGGCACAAAAUUUAGGUUUUGCGGCAUAGAGGCAGAACAUGGAUAUUACUAUUUUGUAGGAGGUAUUUCAGUUAGCGGACUGUCCAGAAAUGUAUACUCCCUGUUUGCCCCUUACUAGUUCAGAUGAGUAUGUACAUGUAGUUGGGCAAUACAUGAAGCCAUUUGCUUCAACUCCAAAAUCGAGGGGGGAGAAGGGAAAGGGAUCUGCGCUGUCAUAGUUUCACCACCAAUGGAAAUAGAAGAAUCGAAGAAUCCCGUUGGCAAAGCAACAUGUUUUCUUGAUAAGGAGACAUACUGCCAUUGAACGGGUACGAAAGAAGUUGUCAAAUAUGUUGCUGGGUGUAGUUUCUAAAAGUAUACGCGAUUAUUUCUUGCCGAUGCUUGCAUUGUUAUUUUGUGGUUUGCAAUUAUGGUCAAGGAAACCCUCUAGAUUAUAUCCAUCCCGCCGCAGAUUGGGGUGGAAGCUUUUCAUCUUUUCUAACCAAUGGUUAGAAUGUCUGACGAAGUAUAAAUAAUAAAAAAGAUCUAACUGGUUUAUCUAUUUAAUGUCAGAUAACUCCAGCGGGGCCAAUGUGGAGAUAUAUCCCCCUAUACAUCCAUUUAACUGGAGUUCAAGUUCAUCUUUGUCCAGUCCAUUACGUUGCUUCAGCGUCACACCCACACACCAAAGUAAGUCAAUCAUCAUUCAGUCCAUCCUAUGUAAAUCAAACAAAUCAGAUUAAGCCAUAAGAUGGUGAUGUCCUGUCCUUUGAACAAUUGGUAACAACCUGUUAACAAGCUGUUAAGUAAAAUAUUCGCCUUAUUUUCGUUUUCUCUGAAGAUUCGAUAUUUAUAAAACCUUGCUUCAAAAGUAAAUCGUACAAAUUAGAUACAAAUAGUGGAUUUAGGGUCAUUUACGCCGUUUUGGUGUAUAGUUAUAGGUUUAGGUAUAUGUAAAUCCUUAACAUUCAUAUACCUUCAUGCAUACUAAUUCGGUGUAGGUUUACUAAUGAGCGUCUCUCUUAUUCGUUCAAUACCAACAAUAGCCUUGCGCAGACUUGCCCGUUAAAUAACUUUAGCCCGGUUUGUCGGACCGUCGAUUAAAAAAAAUGAAAUAAAAGGAGCGAUCACCUAGCAACGCGAGAAGCGGUAAAAAUCGAGGGAAGCGCUAAAAUCGGACAUAUUAACAAAACAUACUCACAUAUACACAAAGUGGGGCUGAAAACUCUCUAUUUCAAUUUUGUCUGACUAUUACAAAACCGUUUUCACCUUUAUAUCUCGAGGAAAAGAAAAACUAUUAAAGUCUUGUAGUUUCAUGCGCCGUUUAGUUAGUUAAUUAUGCGAGUUAACAAGUCCACAGUUGCAUACAAAGCAUCUCUACAAUAAAAAUCCCCAAGGUAGGACCUUGACUUAUUAUUAUAAAAACAAUUAAUAACUUAACAAGGGUCAAUUGAAACACGCGACUUAUAAACGCAAUCAAUAAAACCAGACAAGAGAGACCGUUUUGAAAACUUCAUUUAAAAAACAAUGGUAAAAAGACUUAAAUACACAGCCAUUUGAAAGGGACGGAAAUAAAUAUUCCUCUUCUUCGUUCUCCUCUUAAAAAGGGGCAAAGAAAUUGGUUUCCAACGUCUUGUAUGUAAUCGCUCCACAAUCGUUACACCGAAGAAAGCCCUCUUUGAUGUAAUUUCUCUCCUCGGGGAUCUGGUGAUCGCAUAUUAGACUACUUUUGUAGUAAUCGUGCCAAAAGCAUUUAGGACAUUUCAUGAUCAAUGUCCCGUACACAUUAGAGUUCUCACAAUGUUCACAGAGAUUUUCAGAGUGAAAGGUGGUGGACUUUUCAUGGCUACUUCUUCCUGUUUCCUGACUGUCGUUUUCACUGUCGUUUUCGCUCUCUUGGGUGCCUUCAGCUUCACUGCCAUUCUCAGAAGCCACUUCCUCUUCUUCCUCCUCCUCCACCUGCUCCUCCUGAUUUUCAAUAUCCGAUGAACUCUCCUCAUUAUUACUCUCGUUAUCGGAAGUAUCUUCUGCAUUUCGGCAGCCUUUUUCCUUUUCUAUUAAAUCACUUAGCAACUUUUUGUUCUUGAUUAAACCUUUAUCGAAUCUUAAUUCUGCAAGUUCAUCUAGAAACAUAUUCAGUGCACGAGGCUUGGUAACGUCAUUGUUAUGAGGGAGUAACACAUACUCAACUAGGUCGGCAAUGUUUGUGACGGGAAUAAUACGUUUAGUUCGAAGUUUACUGUAAUUGUCCGUGGGGAGUACAUAAAAGAAUAUCUUGGGAAGCGACCAUACUAUGCAGCAAUUCAGAAGCACGCUUUUCCAACACCGCUUGGGAUAGAUCAUAGCUAUACCCAUGCACCAAAACGGCGUAAAAUGACCCUCAAUUACUACUGAUACAUCCUGUUUUUUGACGUUGUAAGAUUUAAUUGGCAGUGUAAAGACUUUACCCCUUUCAAUUAGGCUUCUAGUUUUAGCCUCAUUCGCUGACACAGGUAAUAUGGUGUAACAAGAGAGGAUAAAGGGGUCAGAGAAGGCAUCCCAGAUACACACCGUAUUCCAUAGGUAAUUCGUCUCGAGUUAUUUUUAGAAUCGGGAUAAAGUUACCUCGCGCGCUGCGUGGAUGUUUCGUGGAGGUUUUGCAUGACUAAACGCCGUGAAAAACAUGUCGGGCGAAAGGCAAUGAAAGUGUAAAGAGAUCGAGAGCAUUUCUGAACAUUGAAGCGAAAUGAGUCGGCGCUCACUUGGGAAAAGGGAAUCGCUGGACUCUUUGACAACCCGUGAAAUCAUUUUAACUGGAAGUUGUCGACGCCAAGUGUCAUUUUUGUUGAAUAAUAAAAGACUAAUAAAAGAAUAAAUAUCAAACCAGAAAUUGCUCUCCUCAACCUGUAAUUAAUGAUCCUGAGAGAAUAUUCAGUGUGUUAAGGAUUUCCCUGCUGUAUUGUUAGCUCUAUACAAGAGGGGAAGGGCGAUUCGUCUUUAAUUUCCGUUUCGCUGACGCAGCUUUAGCAGAAAACAAAUAGCAAUAUUGCUCUCCGCGUCUUCUGCCAUUUUUUUCUGCGUCAAUUCGUGAAGGACGUGUGGCUCUGAGCGUGGGUCAUCCACACGGAACACAUUCGCGCUAUACGAUUGGCUGUUGUCUAAUCCCCCUUGGGAUCUAUAGUCUUAAAAAUAACUCGAGACGAAUUACCUAUGGAAUAGGUGUGUAUGGGGGAUGCCUUCUCUGUCCCCUUUAUCCUCUCUUGGGUGUAAACAUUACUUCUAUAAUUGGAAGCAGUUACGCUUAAAGAAAACAGCGACACCGUACGUGAGUGUCCCGGAGAUGACAGAUGGUAUGAUUAAUUCAAAAACAAAAGGGGCUCACGAAUAAAAGAUUGAGAAGACAAUUAAGCUCAGUUUACUGGUAAGACGCACGUGAUGAGUAACUUGACUGAUUCUUUUUACCUCAACCAUAUUGCAGCAUCGUCCACAUUUCUUGCAAUCUCAUCUACAACAUCGACCUACACUGGUUCAACUGUAAGUUGUACUUCAUCUCAAGCAGUACCCACAACAUCAGGUAUGCACUCAACUGUUUACAUUUAUUUACAUAUCCAUCGCAUAACUGUGUGACCUCAAUAUACACAUAUACAUAUAAUUGUCCCGUAGGUCAAAGAAAGAGUCAAUAAAUAAAACGCUGCAAAAGAAUAUGAUUAAUUAAAAAAACAAAAGGGGCUUAGGAGCAAAAGAUUGAGAAUUAAGCUCAAUUUACUGGUAAGACGCGCGUGGAGUAACUUGACUGAUUCUUAUUACCUCAACCAUAUUGCAGCAUCGUCCACAUUUCUUGCAAUCUCAUCUACAACAUCAACCUACACUGGUUCAACUGUAAGUUGUACUUCAUCUCAAGCAGUACCCACAACACCAGGUAUGCACUCAACUGUUUACAUUUAUUUACAUAUCCAUCGCAUAACUGUGUGACCUCAAUAUACACAUAUACAUAUAAUUGUCCCGUAGGUCAAAGAAAGAGUCAAUAAAUAAAACGCUGCAAAAGAAUAUGAUUAAUUAAAAAACAAAAGGGGCUUAUGAGCAAAAGAUUGAGAAUUAAGCUCAAUUUACUGGUAAGACGCGCGUGGAGUAACUUGACUGAUUCUUAUUACCUCAACCAUAUUGCAGCAUCGUCCACAUUUCUUGCAAUCUCAUCUACAACAUCAACCUACACUGGUUCAACUGUAAGUUGUACUUCAUCUCAAGCAGUACCCACAACACCAGGUAUGCACUCAACUGUUUACAUUUAUUUACAUAUCCAUCGCAUAACUGUGUGACCUCAAUAUACACAUAUACAUAUAAUUGUCCCGCAGGUCAAAGAAAGAGUCAAUAAAUAAAAUGCUGUAAAAUAAUAUGAUUAAUUAAAAAACAAAAGGGGCUCAUGAGCAAAAGAUUAAGAAUUAAGCUCAAUUUACUGGUAAGACGCACGUGGAGUAACUUGACUGAUUCUUAUUACCUCAACCAUACUGCAGCAUCGACCACAUUUCUUGCAAUCUCAUCUACAACAUCAACCUACACUGGUUCAACUGUAAGUUGUAUUCUAUCUCAAGCAGUACCCACAACACCAGGUAUGCACUCAACUGUUUACAUUUAUUUACAUAUCCAUCGCAUAACUGUGUGAUCUCAAUAUACACAUAUACAUAUAAUUGUCCCGUAGGUCAAAGAAAGAGUCAAUAAAUAAAACGCUGCAAAAGAAUAUGAUUAAUUAAAAAACAAAAGGGGCUUAUGAGCAAAAGAUUGAGAAUUAAGCUCAAUUUACUGGUAAGACGCGCGUGGAGUAACUUGACUGAUCUUUUUACCUCAACCAUACUGCAGCAUCUUCCACAUUUUUUGUAAUUUGCCAAUGCCGUUCAUUGAUCUUGUUUUCUUUCAGAAGUCUAUAUUGUUGUUUUUGUUGUCGUUGUUGUUGCUAGUGUUGUUAUCGUUACAGCUGUUAUAGUCUCAAUCACAGAACAAUUACUGUUAGAAUCCAAUGAUAAAUUUAUUCUUUAAUCCUGUAGGGCGUUUUCACUUAAUGUCACGUCCACCAUAUCGCUGUCCCAAAAUAAUGAAACGACAGCCAUGUAUGUGUCUCAAACCAGCCCUUUAAUUGACUGUUGAACCUUUUCCAUAAAACGUUCGUUUGGUCCAGUAAUUUGCAUUCCCGCUGGCCACAUCGGGGAGUGAAAUUGUUCUAUUGGCAAAUCUUUGUGUACAUUUUAUGUCUCAUUAAGUUAUCCUUAUCAUACACCUUCUCAAGGUAUUAAAUACCAUCUCUGAAUUCGGUUAGUCGCAUUCCAGAAUAAGAAUAUAAUUAGUGGUACUAUGAGUGACUCACUGGCAAACAAACGCACACUCUCACUGUAGGACGAUGGACACGUUCAAACGAUGCGCGAGGUCUAGCCAAGUUUUAAUUCUCCACAAACAAUAUUUAAAAACCAUAACAGGAGCAUAAGAGACAAAUGUUAAUACUUGCGUAAAUGUAUAUAAAUUAAUUUACAAAUACAAAGGAUAAAAAGUUGUAACUCGGAGUUUCACACACUAAGCGAUGAUUAAUUGGUGCGUGAAACUCUGAGUUACGACUCGUCAUCUUUGGCUUUGUAUUUCAGUUCGCUCUGCAUAUAUUUGCAUUAUCUUUUAUCAUGUGUUCAUUUUAUUAAUUUACAUCAUAAAUAGCGAAAUGCAUUAUUCAACCAUCUGAAGGACAAAGUCUCAAUACAACGUUCCACAUUAACUGCUCUGGCUGGACUUCUUCCUGUUCACGUCCUUCAGCAUACGAAUUCCAGUACACGCUUCAAAAUGGCCUUCAUGGCAUACUAUAUAAAGGGAAUAUGAGCAGCUUCCGUACGAAACUAAUCCACGGCAUUUCUAACAUAAUUACGACAAUCCGUUUUGUAAAUGGAACAACAAUAAAACAGGAACUGAAUGUCUUGGUAAGGGCUUUUUAGAGUCACGGUAAUGCUGAUCAAGGUGCGGCUUUUGUGAAUUAUGGACUCGAUAUUUAUAUGAAUACUUAAUGUAAGAUCACAGUUAUGAACUGAAGCACACACUACCAACUCCGCGGUAUGGACAGUACCGUAUAUCACCCCGGCAGUGCAACGUGGCAGACAUGGACAGCUGUUUCCUUCUUGCUACGUCUCAUCAGCAUGGCAUAGCCAGCACGGUCUCACUUUUACCCCCGCUCAUUGACUCGACGGCUAUGACAUGCUGAUGUGCCCUAAUAAGGGCGAAACAGCUGUCCAUGGCUGCGUAAGGUACUGGCCAUACCGCGGAGUUGGUGCGUGUGCUUCAGUGCAUAAUUUGAUUGUUAACAAAUUACCUUCAGAAUGGGGCGACAAACAUCUGUAAGAUUCAUAAGUAUUAUUUUACCUAGAAUCGAAUCAUGGAUAACAGAGACCGUUAGUCAAACAUCUUAGGAACCCUUUCAGCCCUGAUAAAAAGUAAGAGGCUCAGUGCGGUCAGCAACUAGCAAAAGCACUAAAUUAACAGACCUAUCCUACUUCCAUUAACUGGAGAAGACUUUUUGAUUGACGUUGACUUAGCCAAAAGGGUUUUAAAAGACUCUUUGUACUAAGCAGCAAAUUGAUACAGUCAUGUCUCAAGGGUUCCUUUUUUGGCCUCUACACUGAACAGUUGCAUUAUAAAGGGGUAUUCACAUUUAAAUGAUAUGUAAAUUACUGAAACAAAACGUUUUAUUCCCGAAUGGUUUGAAUUAGGUAAACAACAUUGAGUUAGCCGAAUAGGUCUAUUGAAUAGAAAACAAUGAAUUUUUGAAAGGCCAAAUCAUCAGCUAUUUCUAGGAAAAAUAAUGUUACAGUUACAAUGAGUUUUAUUAAAAAAUAGAUUUAAAAAAAUAUUUUAUCAUUUACUAGGUUCGACCAUCUUCUCCACAAAAAUGCGAUGAAUGGAUUAGGAAGUUAAACCAGACCGGGAAUGCAAGUUUGGUUCUUCUGAUGAUGGUAGACCGUUUGACAUCUAAUUACACUGAUCUCAAAACAUGUCACAAGGUUAGAAAGAAAUCUGUUCCAUUUGCGGAAAAUCUUCCAAAUAGAUGACUACUUUCUGCCCACGCAGUAAACUGGUACUAUCAAAACUCAUUGUUUUCGUGCGUCUUGUCUGCACUAACAGCGUCUUCAAUAAGGUUAACGUGCUGAAAUCCUGCCAAACAGCUUGGAGAAGGACAGUAUGAAACCGUGGUUUCCGAGGGGAUAAGUUUUUUAAUGACUUUUCAUAUAGAACAACAAAGACACUCAUAUUUAAUCCAGUACUGAAAAGCAAAGUAGUGGUCAAAAUUUUCGACUAUCACUGACGCCAAAGGUUUCGCUAGUUGCUCGCUCAGAGUCUCCGUUUUAGAGAAACGGGAGGGCGCUUUUGGGGAGAGUGCCAGCUAUAUCAUAGAAAAUUCUCCAAUAGUUAUUGUCUUCUGUUUUGUUUUAAUUCAAACUGUAAUCGUCUUCUUUUACAGAUUAAAACGCCAAUUUUUCAUUUUCUUUCAAGACAAAAACUGAAAAGUAUCAACGAUGUUCUUUCGAUUUCAUUGCUUAUUGGUUCCAUAGUUGAUCGGCUGGAAAUAAAUUCGACUGAUUUCGUUGUAAGUUAUCAUUUUAUUUUAUUAACUGACAGAUAACAGGGGAAAUACUAAGUAGGUACCUCGAGAACAUGUUUAUUGUGGGCAGAUUUGGGAAUAUAAUUUUUCCACUGAAUAAAAGAGUGUAUUGUGGGGGAAUCUCAUUACCUUGCAGGGAAUACAUAAUACCGAUGACGUCAUAGCCUGUCUUUCUUUAUCUCAUGAACAAAAUGCGGGGAAAUCUUAUUUAAGAAAUCCGCCCUAUCCUUCAACGAAGUACAUUAAUUUAUUAUCCUAGUUCUACUUCAUAGAAUUACUGUCAACGGGCGCCAACCAAAAAUCCCUUAAAAUUCCCAUUUCGGCCAAUUCAUUUCAACUUGACUGUGUUUUAGUAUUUUUCAACUAUUGAAAUUUUGCAGGUAUUGCAUAUGACUUUGCAAAAACUGGUUGCAAAUGUGCGCGAACGGUUUAGAGCAACAACAUCAAAAUCUGGCUCAACUUUGACUCUGAUAACGAAAAACAUAAUUUACAGCAUUGGAAAACUAUUGACGAUAAGUCCAAGAGAUGUUCAUUUCACAAAUCAAGAGAAGCCCCUACAGAAAAUGGUAUGCAUUAACAUUAAGUUUUGUCUUUGAAAACAAAUUCUUAAAAAUUAUUCAGAGGGAGACCUUGCUAUAGUGCAUGCAACAACGCGAUUGAUUUGUUAAGUCGCAUUUUUGAAACUCUCUUCAGUAAAAUUUUGCUUACACAUCCACUUUGCGGACUCUUUGACUACCUCUGUAUCACCAAUCAUUAACAGAUUUGAGUGUGCGUUGAGUGGGAAACAUUUCCAACGUAGCGUUAACUUUGCGCAACUUAUCAGAGAGUAAAAAGAGGGAAAAGAUACUUGCAAAUGACCUCUGGAUAACUUAAGACUUGUCAAGAUGAUAGCUCAGUAGCUCAUACGUCCGUGAUUCCGCCCACUAAACACCUAAGACAAACACACCCUCCACCUCUAUGAAAGUAAUUUUUUUCUAGGUGACACUAUCCUCACAUAUCCUCGAUUCAAGAGGCGCCCCAAUACAAUCAAAAACAUUGAAAACCCUUUUUUACUUCUCUUUUCAAUCAAGGGAUCGGGAAAACAUCGUCUUAUGCAUUUGUUGACCUAAUUGCCAACAUUUAUUACGCGAGUCUCUGCUCAAUUUGCGCGUCCUUGGGAGCAGUUUCUUAUCUUCACCUAGGUAAUUUAUUUUCUAAUUUUGUUUAUAUUCCCUCCUCAGAAAAUCAACACUACCAAAAAAAUCCUAUCCUUGAAGAGUCAUAUGAUUGAAGGAUUUCGCCUAUCAUUGAAAAAGCGCCCAGGAAACAUGUCUUUCACAUCGAAAUAUCUUAGCAUAACGGUGGUUUCUAUACAAAAAAAAGACAUUCACCAUGGUUACAGACUUGAUGCACAUAGAAGCAGCUUUAUAAUCCCUGAUCUCAACAAAGUCUUGAGCAAAAUGAACGACAGCUACGUUCUGUUUUUAGAGGUACGAUAAAUCCACCUUCCGUAUUUUCGCUAUAUUUUUAACAUUGUUGGUCAGGGUUGUAUGUGUUGUGCGCUGUAGUGGCAUAUGGAAAAAUUUCAUUAUUUGAAGGAAACAAUAACUUGGUAUUAACUUUACAGGGAAGCGCCUAUUCGACAACUAUGUUGAUUAUUUAAGACAGACUGGCGCACGUAUUUAUUAAUUAGCUCAAAUCACAGAUUUGAUCUACUAAAAUUGGUUUCUCUUACAUUAGUUGAUGAUGAUGAUGAUGAUGAUGAUGAUUAUUAUUAUUGUUAUUAUAAUUAUUGCUUGUAUGAUCAAAUUUAGAGUUUACCGUAUAAUUUUUUUAUGGUGAACGUUUCUCUCCUAGAUGUGGAGUACACCCUUCAAUCCCUUUACUUGGGAUAAAACCAGCAAAAGGGUAACGACAGAUGUGGCGAGUUUAGAUGUUCGGGAUGCGGAAGGGAAAAAGAUCCUCAUUUCUGGUCUGACACCAGGAGUCAUUAUUUUACUACCUCUGAAUCGACAGACAAGUCAUCCAGUAAACGUUUCUUUCGGAGCAGAUAGAGCUCUCAGACAUCACAAAAUAGAAACUCUGUUUGAAAAUUCCAUGGUUAAAAUCUGGAUAAUCCUUGAAGAAAGUGACGUUGCCGUCUCCUCCAUAAAAAUAGCGAAACCUCUUGAGACUUCUCCGCCCCUCGAAUGCAAGCGGGUACGGGGUGCUUGGCUCAACAGCGGUAGAAUCACAUGUGAGGGAAAAAAUCAAAUAAAAAUCUCUUUUACGGCAUUCGAUCCUGGAUAUUAUGUUCUCUAUAUGGACUUCAAAGCCGUUACAGAAAGUUCUGGAAACGUUGAUGAAUGGGAGGGUAAUGACAACGGAUGUAUGAAGAUCAGACAACCUCCUUCAAGCUCGAAGAAAGCGAACGUUAGUUACACUUCUGAAGUGAGCGAAUCCACUUGUCUCUUUUGGCAACAAAUUCAAUCUGAAUGGAGAACUACUGGAUGUAAGGUAAAUAAAUUAUCUUGUUUUUAGAGGGAUACAGGCUUUGAGGCCGCUCUGACGACCCGAAAAGCGUUUAACUCAACCCGAAAUAAAAAACGAAAUCCGCUUUAGCUUGCCUAGGGCUUCUUUAGAUCUUUAAGUAUUCUUUUACUCAUCCUAUAUUAUCAUAUUAUUGGUUAGAAACAGAAUGAGUCGCAUAGCUUGUGAUAUGCAAAUCAGCUAAGAAAUGGUAUUUUUUAUAAAGUGACUUACGUUUCCCGUCCACUUUUCAAUUCGUCCGCCAAUCUCCUCUUCAAAUAAGACAAUUACACCUCUACCUAGCCGCGCAUUUGAACAUUUUUCUCAAGUGAAACAAAACAGAGAAGCCACGAACGUUUCACUGAGUAGGACUACAAUAAUUUCCGUAUAUUACUACUUUUAAGGCAUUGGAAAUUAUCAAGGACUCUACACUUAAGUGCUCUUGUAGUCACUUGACGAGUUUUGCGGGAGGCUUCCUGGUACCACCAAAUCAAAUCAACUUUGAGCAAGUAUAUCACGAGUUAACGUCUCCAGAAGAACCUGGCAAAUUUCUAGUUUUGGGAACAGUGUUAACAUGUUUCCUUGUUUACUUCGUGGCAGUCCUUUUGGUCAGGAGAGCUGACAUAAAAGAUAGCUCGGUGGUAAGAUAUUUACAUCCACGAUUUACCUACUAGGUUCAACGUAAGGCUUGAAUAGCACUCACUCCUUAUCCACUGCUCGCCCUACCAUUUCGUGGAGACAACGGGGCACAGGAGUCAACGUGUCACGCUUUCAGUCCAUUUCUGCCCGGUACCUGGAUAUUUCUCUACGUAGUACCGAACACGUUUGUAAUUACAUGGCCAGUUGGUUUGUGUACCCCAUAAGCUUAAUUGUUACGGACGACCGACGGCGACCGCAAUUCUAAUAUCCAGCUUGCUAAUAUGCAUGAUAUGCACUGCACUUAGGUAGCCAGCAACGCCUUCUCUUGGACUUCUAGUAACAAUGAUUGGAAUGCAUAAAAAGCAAUCUGAUGAAGCGCGUUUGGAUCUUCUAUCAAUUAUAAUCUGAUGGCUAGCCUGUUCCAGGCGUUCGGAUAAUGGAGUGCGGCGUGAAGUAAGAGAGUGGGAAAAAACGGAGGACCCCCUAACCCACCCCCUCGCAGUUUUUUUCUGCUCACAUCUCUUUGCGCUAUCCCUACGAUCUGAACGCCUGGAACAGGCUAUCUCAUGGCAUGUGUUUAGAUCUUCUAUCCAGUGAAAGUUACACAAAGCAGAGCGUUUUGACCUUAGAUUGAUGACGCCCACGCUCCCUAAUUGGUGGUUAUUGCUAGCUCUAUAUAAUUGCUUGUAAUUUGCUUUUGAUUAUUUGAAUGGUGCGCACACAAACAUAUAAACAAAGCAUUACUUUACUCCUGAUUUCAGCUACAAGAUAACAAAUCCUUAAACGGUGGAACAGUACAAUCAGAAGGUUCAACAUAUCAGAUAUCCGUAAAGACUGGCGUCUGGCUUGGUGCAGGAACAACUGCCAACGUUUUGUUUAUUAUACACGGGGUUGACGGCAACAGUGGUACUAUCAAUAUAUACCAGGACGCUACAGCCGGUUCCAAAAAAAUUCUUACUCGAGGAUCUACACAAACGUUUACAAUGACUCUAAGAGAAGACAUUGGAGACAUUUAUUCAUUACGUAUUUGGCAUGACAAUUCAGGCAAGGACCCUUCGUGGUAUUUAGAUGAGAUAGAAAUUACAGAUACAAGAUCUGGAAACUGUUGGAAAUUCAUCUUUGAAACAUGGCUAAGCCUGGAGGAUGAAUCGUACACUAACGAAGUUCUUCAAACUCCUCUCCACUCAAAUCGCAACAUCACAAGAAAAGCCAUCAAAGAAAUGUUCUCCAAUGGCCACCUUUGGUUAUCGAUCAUAACGAAGAUUCCCAAUGACAGCUUUACCAGAGUUCAAAGACUCUCCUUUUGUUUUGCAUUACUUUUAUGUACAAUGGCUACCAAUGCUGCAUUUUACUCCUGGGGAGCACAGUCGCCCCGAAGUAUUAAUCUAGGUCCACUAAAGUUUUCUGCGAGACAGGCGAUUGUGAGUAUCCAAGCCAACCUUAUCCUCUUGCCUUUGCAAGUCCUCAUCAUGUUGUUCAAAAACACCUUGGCUCGAUUGCAAGGAGAGCGCAAACGUCUUUGCUUGAUAUGCAUCACUUCUAUUUUGAUUGCAAUUAUGACUACUGCAUCCGCAGCUUUAACUAUUUCAUACGGUCUCGUGUGGGGGAAAGACAAAAGCCAAGAAUGGCUUUCUGCAGUCAUCUCCUCUGUCUUUGAAGACAUUCUGAUUGUGCAACCGUUUAAAUGUGUUAUUAUUGUCUCACUGACUGUUAUGCUUUCUAAAUGCAAAGCAACUAAAGUAUCCUCCUAUGGGCUUCAAGAAACGCCAUUAGAGAAAGCAAGUACCAGAUCCAGGGAGAAAUCAAGCCUGAGGAAAGAAAGUGUCGUCAAAGCUAAACGUCGGUUAUCCAUUAGGCAGGCAAUCUUCUAUGUAACCUUCCUGGUUGUUCUCGGAGUGCUUUCAUAUGGAAACAGAGAUUCGAAUGGAUACCAUUUAACAAGAUCUCUUUAUGAUCAUAUUGGGAAUUUUGCCAAGGUACAAACUUUGCUCAAUUUCAUGGUAACCAUUCUCGGCACCGUUUUCAAUCACAGUAAGGUCCAUGAAUAUUCUUGAAUUAAGCACUAACAGGUUUAAACAUGUCGUAACGUUAAGGGUUCUCCUAGAUAAUCUGGAAACAACAGAAGCAGUAGCGGUAGCAAUGGUGGUGGUUGUGGUGCGGAGUAAUAGUGGUGCUGGUGGUAAUAGCGGUAGUGAUAGCAACAGCAAUCUGCUUAGUGUAAACAAAGUAUACAAAUUUAGAUACUUUUUAAACCAAAUCCUUUUUUCAGGUUUCAAAUCCAAGUUUGUUCUGGACGUGGAUGGCCCAUGACCUUAUUCCACUACUGUACUUCACCAACCUGGAAAUACAACAGUACAAAGUGAUCAACGCAGAACAAACAUCGACUAGGAUUGGAAUGAUCAGACUGCGCCAGCUGAGAGCAAAGAACGGUACGUUACACUGAAUGGCUGACUGAACGUUUGAGUGAAUUAUUAAUUAAUGAGCUGUAUGACGUUUGACAAUGACUCUAAGGGCAAUUUUGACAAAGUUAGUUUUUCGGACACGAAAGGUGUUGGAAGCUAGACAUUCCAUGGGAACUCCACGACGGAUAACAGGUCUUCCCCACUCCCUGGACAGUAUAAUAAGUCACACUUUUCGUUACGUAGAAACAUUUCAUCACCCUCUUAUCAUUUCACUUCAGUCCCCGCCGAAGACAGUAAGUUAAAUAGUGCGCGAAAUUGUUUGUUUCCUUUUUUAACCAGAGUAUCUUUUGAAUUAAUCUUCACUAUGGCUCAUCCUGUAUACGACCCCUCCAAUCCCACUUUUAUUUAUAAGCUGUAAUCUAUUUGUUGUUAGUGCAAUGCCCUGUGCAAACGUUCCUUGACGUGGACACAUGGCAUCAAAAUUGCUACGACAGCUACUCCACCGGGAGGGAAUCCCAAGAGCCGUUUCAGUUGAAGCAAGCAAACUCAUCAGUUCAGUUCCAACAAUGUUCCCUUCCAUGGGUGUACCAAACAUCGGAGGAACUCAACUCCUCCCCCAAAUGGGGACACCACGCCUGGUAUGGUGGGGGAGGAUUUGCUGCCGAUUUAGGUUACGAGGCACACACUGCUUACACAGUCAUAAACCACUUGCAAUUAGGAAAAUGGAUUGAUCGUCAUACAAGAGCUGUCAUUGUAGAAUUCAAUUUCUUUAACCCAGCAGUCAGUGUAUUAGGUGUCUGUUCCUUCUUUUUUGAACUCCUUCAGACAGGCCAGGCUACCCCUUUGAUGCAUGUUGACUUGAUCUCGCUGCACAACACGGAUUCAAUCCUCCAAAUGUUUCAAGGUCUUUGCUUGGUCAUCUUCAUUGGAAUGGUUUUCUUAAAAUCAGGUCAGACAGUCAUGGCCUUGCUACAACAAGGAUCGCGUUACCUGCGAAGUGGCUGGUGCUGGCUUGAUCUUGGACACCUUGCAACCUCAAUUUCUCUCCUUCUCUGCAGCUUUAUUAAGUCUUAUCAAAUUUCCAAAAGCAUGCAGAAAUUGCAGCACAACAUCUUUGCUACAGUUAACUUUCAAACUGCAGUUUUGUGGGGAAAUAUCGAAAACUCUUUCCUCUCCAUUGUGAUUUUUCUUACAACCAUCAAGAUUCUCCAACUUACUUACUUUAAUAUGUAUACACGUGUGUUCGCCCAAGCCUUGCGUAUUUGGGUACGAGAAUUCUUUUCCUUCUUGAUGGUUCUCUGUGUUCCAUUCUUUGCAUUCCUACUCUCAGGCAUUUUGCUGUUUGGAACACGAAAUAAAAGAUACUCAAGUGUCUGGCCAGCUUUUUCCUACCAGCUGGAAAUUGUUCUAGGGAGAGUAAAAGCUCGGCCCAUACAAGAAUUCAUUGAAGCACAUUCCGUCCUUGGACGUCUUUUUGUCAGUACUCUUCUCGUUAUUAUAACUGUUAUACUGAUGAAUUUAUUCAUCAGUUCCUUGGACGAUGCAGUCAGUGACGCAAAACGUACAGUACAGAUGAACACAGAACAAGAGUCAUCAGAGACCCAAAUUCCAAACAGAAGAAACGAACAACAUGAAGCGAAGAAUGUGGACUUGUCUUUGACUUCUGCGUUUUACGACCAAAUAAGCAACCAGUUAAGAACCAUCGACUUGAUCCGUAAUCUUCCACAAGCCUAUGUCGUUGAUAAAAAGCUAAGUGAAGUUCUGAAGAGAAUGGACGCUCACACAGAUGGGGAA